UCAGGUCAAACUUGCUUUUAUAAAUCGUCAUAACUAUUCAGCUCGGUGUUCUUGUGUUAGGAAAAAUCUACGCCGUUUUGGACUUUGUGACUCAUUUUUAGAUAGUACUGUAGCACAGAAGUCUACCACAACUAGCAAAAUAAAAAACUGAAAGCGAAUCAAAAUGUCUCAGAAUCGAUACGAUCUAGUUCUCUUUGGAGCUUCGGGAUUCACUGGCCAUUAUACAAUUGAUGAAGUAUCAAAAGUUGCAGAAGAAGAAAAUCUUACUUGGGCUGUUGCUGGCAGAAAUAUGAAUAAACUGCAGAAAGUACUGAGUGAAGCAUCUGUGCGCACAGGAAAGAAUCUUGAUGACAUUCCAAUAAUAAUAGCAGAUGUUGAUAGUGCUGCUUCUUUAGAAGAAAUGGCAAAGCAAGCAAAAAUUGUCCUGAACUGUGUUGGACCAUAUCGUUUCUAUGGUGAAGCUGUUGUGAAAGCUUGUAUUGAGAAUGGUGCUCACCAUCUUGAUAUUAGUGGAGAGCCACAGUUUCUGGAAAAGGUGCAGCUGUUAUACAAUGCCAAGGCUAAAGAAAACAAUGUGUUUGUGAUUGGUACUGUUGGCUUUGAUAGCAUUCCAGCAGAAAUGGGAAUUGAAUACACAAAACAACAGUUUAAAGAUGGAGAAAUGACAAAUGUUGAAAGUUUUGUUGAGUUUCACUCUGGACCAGAGGGUAGUGCAGUAAACACUGGCACAUUUGAAUCAGCUGUUUAUGGGCUGGCACACUGGAAUGAAUUAAAAUCUUUGAGAAAAUCGCUGUACCCUGAACCAAUGCCAAAAUAUCAGUACAGGCUACCUAAGAGGUCAUUCCUCUACUAUCAUAAUGAACUCAAGAAAUGGUGCCUUCCUUUUCCUGGUAGUGACAAAUCUGUUUUCUAUAGAACACAGAGAGAACUUUUAGAUAAAAAACAGAUGGAGAGACCAAUUGAAUUCAACCCUUACUUCUGCCCUUUGAACUUGUGCCAUGCUAUUGGAACAAUUUUCUUUGGAAUUAUAUUCUUUAUUCUCACAAAUUUUUCCUUGGGGAGAUCACUGUUAUUGAAGUAUCCACAUAUCGUAUCAUUUGGCGUGUUUAGAAAAGGAGGACCAACCAAAAAACAGAUUGAUGGGGCAUCUUUCUCAAUGACAUUUAUUGGUCAUGGGUUUGAGAAAUUUGAGAAAGAUAGGUCUGGACAAAAGCCAAACAAGAAAGUAAUAACAAAAAUAAUUGGACCUGAACCUGGUUACGUGGCCACUCCAAUAUUUAUGGUUCAGUCUGCUGUGACUCUGAUCAGGAAUGAAUCUAAGCUCUCACAAAAGGGUGGUGUUUUUACACCAGGUGUGAUCUUCAAAGAUACUGACCUCAUUGAGCGCUUACAGAGAGACCGCAUUCAGUUUAUCACAGUUUCCAGUGGAAGUGGUACUGAUAAAAAACAAGAAUAACCUGUUCAGUUUCUUUCUUUACAAGCCUGUGACAAAAAUUUCUAUUUAUAUUGGAAUUUCCAAUUGUGUGGUCUAAACAUUUAUUUGGAUUGAGUUUGGGUUUUUUUGCUUAUGUUGUGUAACAUUUCAACAAGUCGUGGGUAAUUAUUUUUACAAAUCUAUGAGAAAAUUGUUUAAGUUAAGAACAGUAAACACCUUUAAUUUAACUUUAAAGGUUUAUGACAUUAUCUCUGAUGUAAAAUUUUAAAAGUUGUUACCAUGGUGAUGGAAUGUUUGCAACUCAUGUUGCUGUUUAGUACUUUAUAUUGGAUGGACAAAUCCAGAUUAAGUUGUGAAAAGCUGUUGUGACGUAGACCAGGAUACAGCUGUUUAUGCUGGCCUACUGGGCUAAAAAAAAGUAUUUUAAAACUUUUUUAAUUUAAUGCAUUUAUUUAAUCAAAUGCUUUGUUCUGUUUAUUAUUGCUAAGCUUCUAACUUUCAAUGCAUUUUUACUGCAUUUUUCAAAUAAUCUGCUCCUGCAGAUUGUUAACUCAAAUUUAAAUGAACUAUAUUGUUACAAACAUAAUUAAAUUAUUAACUAUUGAAAGAUUCAGACAAAAAAUUAUUUUUAUCUUAUUAAAAAAAUGUGUAUUCAUUCAGUAUUCAAAUUUGUAUGUUCCAAUAUUAUAAUAUCUGUUUAUUAACUUACACUUACUUGUAUGACAAUCUUGUAUAUUUAAACUUCAAUCCUUGUUGGGCAUGACUCUAAUUAAAUUGUUUUUUUGUUUACUUAUUAAAGCUUUCAUUAAAAAAUAAUACAAGUCCAUA